AGUCUUGGGUGAGAUUUGGCGCUAUAAGCCUGUGGAAACGGGUCUCAGACGCUCUUUUCACAAGAUGGCGCCGAAAGCGAAGAAGGAAGCUCCUGCCCCUCCCAAAGCGGAAGCCAAAGCAAAGGCAUUGAAGGCCAAGAAGGCAGUGCUAAAAGGCAUCCACAGCCACAAAAAAAAGAAGAUCCGUACAUCACCCACCUUCCGGCGGCCAAAGACUCUGAGACUCCGGAGGCAGCCCAAAUAUCCUCGGAAGAGCGCCCCCAGGAGAAACAAGCUUGACCACUAUGCCAUCAUCAAGUUCCCCCUGACCACGGAGUCUGCCAUGAAGAAGAUAGAAGACAACAACACACUUGUGUUCAUUGUGGAUGUCAAAGCUAACAAGCACCAGAUCAAACAGGCUGUGAAGAAGCUUUAUGACAUUGAUGUGGCCAAGGUCAACACCCUGAUCAGGCCUGAUGGUGAGAAGAAGGCAUAUGUUCGACUGGCUCCUGAUUAUGAUGCUUUGGAUGUUGCCAACAAAAUUGGGAUCAUCUAAACCAAGUCCAGCUGGCCAAUUCUAAAUAUAUAACUUUUCACCAUAUUUAUGCCUCUUGUCAGUUUCUGGUUGGGGGGAGUCCAGUCUGUGGUAUACACAGAUACUGAGGUGUUUUUUUUUUUAGAGACAGAGUCUCACUUUAUGGCCCAUGGUACAUGCCAUGGCAUUACAGCUCACAGCAACUUGCAGCUCUUGGGCUUAGGCGAUUUUCUUGCCUCAGCCUCCUGAGUAGCUGAGACUACAGGUGUCCACCACAAUGCCCGGCUAUGAUACUGAGGUUGUUAAAGGGGCUUGGGCAAGACUUAUUCUACUUGCCCUCUUGUAAAACACCUUAUCACUCCACCACCCCUGGUGGCAGGAGCUCAGGUAGGAGACACCUUUGUGACUCAGAAAAAACUACAGCUUGCCUCAGCAUAGAAGCGAAAGAACAAGCACCUUUACGAGAACCCCUUUUAUCCUUGGAAGGGGCUGUAAGUGAAACCAGUGCCCAAAGUCUGCUGGUGAGGAAGGGUCAUCUGAGAGUUCAUUAGCAUCCAUUUCAGGGCAAUGUUAGCUGGCUUUCUGUUACCACCUUGUCUUCACACACCCAUCUAUGUCCAACCGGUCUGUCUGCUUCCCUCACCCCUUGCCCAAGAAAGGACAAGGACUUCA